AUGACCUCGCCCAAUGAUGGAGACCAUCUUCAGCAGCCAGAAGACCUACCCUCCAUCUCAGUCCCGACCCUCGAUCUACCCAAGACACGACUGUCCACGAGAGACGAAUCACCCGAGACAUCCAGCGCAAGCCUACCAAUCCGCACCUCUAGCUCGCCUGCCCUAGGCUCACAUUCGAGUGCACUGUCGGACGUUCUCUCUCGGUCCAGCUCCCCCAAUGGAAGGCUCUCGCUGUCUUUUGCGAGACUUGGAAGAUCUCAAGUCAAUAGCCCCUUGGGCAACCCUUCGGAAGGCUAUGAUGAUACAAGGUCUUUGAUUGUGCGGGCAUUUUCGCCCACUGUUGCAAUCUAUGCUGCUCCGGAAGUCGACGAACUUGCCGCGCAGAAGGGCCUGAAACAUGGAUUCGUCGAACUGCUGCGGCCGUUUGGCGAUAGAAUCUCUGGCAAAGUCGUGGUGCGGGACAGUACGGGUGCCAGCAGGGCUUGGGAUGAUUUCGGUGUCCAUUUCACUAACCUAGCCCAAUUGACCGGAGAUGGCUCAACCCCAAUGUCGGAGGUCAACCACCUGGAGAGACUGGAAGAGAUGAUGGACUACUCCAUUGGGGACGGGUACAAUGAGACAGCUGACCUACCUGGUCAAGGUGAAGUCUCUCACCUCUACAAGCUAUUCUUGUCCAGGCUCCUUUACUCCAAGUCCAUGAGUCCGCAUGAAACCUUUCGACAUCCAGUCGGGGCCGUCAUCGCCAUAAGCUCUUCUACCCAACAGCCUAUCGACACAUUGCGGAGUCUUUACCAACAAACCGCCCAAGGUGCCCAAGCUCUACCUCCAUAUGCCAAUCCAGAAUACCUCAGAUACUACGUCCUUGUUCACGAUGACGACAAAGAUGAUUUCAGCAAAUCCUCGGCCCUUUUCGAUCAGAUGAAGCGCCAUUUCGGCCUUCACUGCCAUCUUCUCAGGUUGCGGUCCACGUCCUGCACUCAAUCUGAUGAUGACGCUGAAGAACUUCCCACCGCUGAGUGGCUCACGCCAGAGGAGCAGCUAUCACUAUUGAAGGAUACUGCUGAUCUCCUUGAGCUCAAUACCGCGACAUCACCUUACAUAUUCUCCUCCGAUGCAUCAGCAUUGCGAUCAUUCGUCCGCGAACUUACAGCACAAUCCAUCAUCUACCAUAUGGAGCAGCGAAUCGCUUUGUGGAAUGAUCAGGUAGCUUCCCGCCGGCGGGGUAUUUCGGGACGGUUCAUGUCCCUUUCGAAGCGGUGGACAGGACUUGGAGGCUCUUCGCGCAAUUCAUCCUCGGGCACUCCCCUGGUUGGCUCUGGAGCGAGCGGCAACUAUGACAGUUCACAGGGCGCCUAUCGCUGGGAGGCCCCAGAAAGUCUUCUGCGCAAGCUAGCAGAUUAUGCAUUCAUGCUUCGAGACUACAAGCUGGCAGCUUCGACCUACGAAUUACUUCGAACAGAUUAUGCUAAUGACAAAUCAUGGAAGUACCUUGCUGGAGCGAACGAGAUGUGCUGCAUUGCAACUCUCCUAAAUCCCUUGACCAGCAGUGGAGGUUCAAAGUUCAAGGUUGAAACUUUCGACCUGAUGCUUGAAACAGCGAGUUAUUCAUACCUAACUCGCUGCUCGGACCCUGCGUUGGCAUUGCGCGCUCUUCUCCUAGGUGUCGAGCUUCUCAAAGUUCGAGGAAGAGCGGCAAGUGAGGUGGCCGCGAAAUGGGCGAUCCGAAGCCUCGAGCUGGGUCUCGUCGGCAGUGUUGGCCACGUUCUUGUCAGCGAGCGAGUCGCGUCCUGCUUCUCUGACCGGGUUGGAAAUAGCAACACUGGCUGGGGACUGCGUAAGCGAAAAGCCGCGCUAUGGAGCAUCAUCGCCGCCGAUGAAUGGAUGAAACUUGGAAGGGCGGAGAUCGCAGCGCAACGACUUGAUGAAGCGCAGGAAUAUUACGGGGAAACCAAGCACAGUGAAGCGAUCAAGCACUUCAAAGAGUUGGCAGAAUACUUGGAGCAACUGCGGCUUGCUGUCAGGAUGAAGCUGGGCGAAGCGAGGAAACGGGGUUACAGCGGCGCCACACGACAGCUUGAGCUAGAAGAUGAUGGUCAGGGCAAUGGAGAGGUAGAGGACGAAACUCUGGAAGAGAUGAAUCCACUGGAGAAACUUGACAGCAGAGUGAACAGGAUGAGCCUGAUGGGUGGUGCUUCAGGGGUAGCCAGCCCUCUCGAACCUGUUCCACCGCUCAGUCCAGUUCGGUUGACUAGACCGGACCCGUUGUCGAGAGAAGACGACGAUUUCGAAUGA